CCGCCAGUAUGAUACAAGAUGUUCACCAACUGCUGACCGUCUAGCUGAGGUACUUUCAACUUAUACGCCGCGGCGAGUUUUUUUUUCUGCGUGAAAGUCGGAUUCAAGUUUUGCACGUGCUUUUACAAGCUACGUGCUCAUAUUGUUUACCUUUUUUUCUUUUCGUCUUCAAAUUGGUCGUUUUGCAAAUUCGGCAACAAUGCUUUUCAGGACAAAUUUAGUGCAAUUGGUGAUUGUAAUUUUCGGAUAUUUUUUAGUUUCAGAUGGUUUAGAGCAAAAGUCCAGAGUUAAACGCCCACGGGCGCCUCCUCCUCCUGAUCCGGAAAAUGAUGUUGAUGGCGAUUUUGAUGAAAGAAACAAUGAUCUGAGCACAAAUUUCGUACCUGCCGGAUUCCUAAGCCCUUCAGUGCUGGAAUAUUUAGAAUUGGGCAAAUCCAUUCCAGGUCGACCAGGCACAGAUUAUCCAGUCUUAGGAAUGGUACCUUAUACCAACUUUUACUGUGAUGAGCAACAAUAUCCUGGCUUCUAUGCGGACCCGGAAACUCGGUGCCAAAGUUGGCACUAUUGCGAUAUUGAUGGUAGGCAGACGAGCUUUUUGUGCCCGAAUGGUACCCAGUUUAGUCAGCUGGUGUUCGUGUGCGAUUGGUGGUUUAAUGUGAGAUGCGAAUUAAGUGAAAAGUUGUAUGUGAUCAACAGCAGACUCUAUGGAAGACCAAAAUUGGAUCCAGCCAAGCCUCAUAGAAGCAUUACAAAACAGUUGCUAGAAGAUAUUUUUAAUGACGAAGAAAGACGCUAAAUAUCAAAUGUAGAUAGAGAUUUUGAGAGAUGCGAAUUGUUUGUAUUACUUUUCAAAUUUGUUUCGUUGAUAAUUCCUGUAAAUAUUCUUAUUGCAACCGAUUCCGAUCCGAGUUCGAAUAGUUAGGAACGUUUUUUGUGUUUUUCAGUUUACGUAGAUUAAGUUCUUCUCGAAUUAAUGCAUUAAGAAUAAGCGUUAAUUCAUUCAAAGAGAUUAUAUAUUAUAUUUAGUUUUAAUUAUGUUUAUAAGUGGCGAAAUAAUCUAGUUUUUAUAAACACUAGACUUACUUGGACACUAGAUAUACCUACUCACUUACUUAUUUUGUUAAGUAAAUUGUCCAGUUGCUUCACUUAAUUUUAUAAGUUACGCGUAUUUUUUUUAUAAUUAUUAUACAAAUGUUUUCAACUUUGAUUUAUCAAUUUUUCGAUUUUGUUCUUUUAGAUUAGUUUCCAUUUAGUGCGAUACAUAUAAUUUCAAUGAAAUAUUGUUUAUAUCUACCAUUUGGAAGUGAGCUUCUGCAUGCCAUCUUAUUAUAAGAAUAGUUAGCUGUUAGUGAACAUCACAAUACGCAAAUGGAAGAUUUUUCCUGCAUUUAAGAAACGUAAUUAAUAAGGCCACAAAUCCGGCGUGGGUUGUAAAAGUAACUAUUUUCAACAUUAUUACAAACAGGGGUAGUUUGUAGUUUGUGGAUUGUAGAAGUUGCUUUUUAGUGUUGAUAUAUCAAAGAUUUGUUAUAAGUGUG